GUCUGUAGUCGUGGCUCUGACGCUCCGCAUCCACCAUCUGUGGCAGCAGGGGCUGGCGGCCCAGGCCCCUGCCCACCCCCUUCCGUCAACCCCAUGUCUCAGCCCUAACCCGGCUGCCAUCCCCGUCCGGGGACAUUUCUUGGUGCCCCUUGCCCGCCCUGUCCGGUAACUUGGGCGCCAUGAAUGACCAGUAUCACCGGGCCGCCAGGGAUGGCUAUUUGGAGCUCCUCAAGGAGGCCACCCGGAAGGAGCUAAAUGCCCCCGACGAGGAUGGCAUGACUCCAACCCUCUGGGCUGCCUACCACGGCAACCUGGAGUCACUGCGCCUCAUUGUGAGCCGCGGGGGUGACCCGGAUAAGUGUGACAUCUGGGGGAACACACCCCUGCAUCUGGCAGCUUCCAACGGCCACCUGCACUGUCUGUCCUUCCUCGUGUCCUUCGGGGCCAACAUCUGGUGCCUGGACAAUGACUACCACACGCCGCUGGACAUGGCCGCUAUGAAGGGCCACAUGGAGUGCGUGCGCUAUCUGGAUUCCAUCGCGGCCAAGCAGAGCAGCCUCAACCCCAAGCUGGUGGGCAAGCUGAAGGACAAGGCCUUCCGCGAGGCGGAGCGGCGCAUCCGCGAAUGCGCCAAGAUGCAGCGCAAGCACCACGAGCGCAUGGAGCGGCGCUACCGACGCGAGCUGGCCGAGCGCUCCGACACGCUCAGCUUCUCCAGCCUCACGUCCAGCACCCUGAGCCGCCGGCUGCAGCACAUGACGCUGGGCAGCCAGCUGCCCUACUCGCAGGCCACGCUGCACGGCACGGCCAAGGGCAAGGCCAAGAUCCAGAAGAAGCUGGAGAGGCGCAAGCAGGGGGGCGAGGGCACCUUCAAGGUCUCCGAGGACGGGCGCAAAAGCGUCCGAUCGCUCUCGGGCCUGCAGCUGGGUAGCGAUGUGAUGUUUGUGCGCCAGGGCACCUACGCCAACCCCAAGGAGUGGGGCCGUGCCCCACUCAGGGACAUGUUCCUCUCGGACGAGGAUAGCGUCUCCCGUGCCACGCUGGCUGCCGAGCCUGCCCACUCGGAGGUCAGCACCGACUCAGGCCACGACUCCUUGUUUACCCGCCCAGGCCUGGGUACCAUGGUGUUUCGAAGGAACUAUGUGAGCAGUGGGUUGCACGGACUGGGCCGAGAGGACGGGGGCUUGGAUGGGGGAGGCAUGCCGCGGGGUCGGCUGCAUAGUUCCCCCAGCCUGGACGACGACAGUCUGGGCAGUGCCAACAGCUUGCAGGACCGCAGUUGCGGGGAAGAGUUACCCUGGGAUGAGCUAGACUUGGGGUUGGAUGAGGACCUGGAGCCCGAGACCAGCCCCUUGGAGACCUUCCUGGCCUCUCUACACAUGGAGGACUUUGCCUCCCUCCUGCGGCACGAGAAGAUUGACCUGGAGGCCCUGAUGCUGUGUUCUGACCUCGACCUACGCAGCAUCAGCGUGCCCCUGGGGCCUCGGAAGAAGAUCUUGGGGGCCGUGAGGAGGCGCAGGCAGGCUCUGGAGCGACCCCUGGCCCUGGAGGACACGGAACUGUGAGU